AUGAGAAGCAAAUGUUUGCACGAUAAGGCCAAGCCACCUUGCAAUGCCUGUCGCGAUUCUGGCCUUGGAGCCGCCGACUGUAUCUUCCCCGUCCGCGGCCAGCCUGACCAGGACCGUGACUACCGCCACCCUCGCAUGAGGGCUGAGAAGAACAACAAGCGCGACUCGGUCAAGGUACGCCGCGAAAUUCUCGAUGCUCCAGUCGUCUCGCCCGCGCCAUCCUCGGCGCCGUCCCGACCCCCAAAAGGCGUGGACGAGUGGGACCUCCUCCCGCCCCUGCCCGAGAUCAUCGAGGCCGUCAACAUGUUCACGGCCCACUACUUCCAGCUAGGAUUCAUCCCCAAGCAAAAGUUCCCCGAACGCCUGCGCACAAACCACCGCUCAGUCAGCGUCUUCUUCCUGUUGGGCAUCCUCAGUAUUUCGGCACGUCUAACGCCGGCCCUGAUCGAACGCUACGGGAGUGCCGUGAAUGCCUCCGAGACCUUUAUGGAGCGCGCUUCUAGCGUGGCCCUGAAUGAGCUUUACAAGGAGCCCAGUCUUGAAAAAUGCCAAGCCUUUUAUCUGCUGAGCAUCGCGCAGCAGGGCAGCGGCGUAAAGGACAGGAGUUCUAUCAACAUGGGGAUAGCCGUGCGCAUGGCAACUCUGAUGCAGCUCCACCGGGAGGAAACAUAUGUGCUUGUGAAUCCCACCAAGGAGCUGGUUAUGAGAGCCGAAUCAGCCCGGCGCACCUUGUGGAUGUUGCACAGUCAAGAUAACUUGCAUUCGGGGCCACGGUCUCCGGUCUCACUCGCAGCUAGCGACAUAACAACGCUUCUCCCGAGCAACGAGAAGGAUUUUGCUAACGCACGAGAGCCCAAAUCAAGAGCAGCACUUGAGGGCACACCACCCGCUAUAGAGAACCCGAGGCUCGUCGCUGACGAAGGGAGAUCUCUAUUUGCGACACUUAUCCAGGCACAUCACUUUUGGGGUGCCAUAUCCCGUCGAGCUAUUACCCACGACAAGAGCCUGCGGCCGUGGGAGCCGGCAAGCGACUAUGCCAAGAUGGAAAGGCGGCUUGCAGACUGGGAGAGAGGCCUGCCCAAUGACCACCGAUGGAGCAUUUUCCUGUUGAAGGGCUACAAACAAGAAGGCCAGGAUCUGGCGUAUCUUGGCGUGACUAUGAUUACGAGGCUUUGCAACAUUGUUAUUCGAAAAUCAUAUUUACAUGAAAUGAUAUCAUAUGACAAGUUUGAUCCAAAGUUGACAGCCUUCUGGGCGAGAAUGUCGUUGGAACUCUUUAGAAACGUGAAGGACCUGUACGAACAAAUCGAGACACAAUAUGGUGAUAGAUCACCUGAAGAAGGAACGGGGGCUCAGAUGGCAGCCUUUUGUGUGUAUAGUUGCGGUUUUCUUGCCGGGUAUCUGUGCAAGUAUCCAAACGUCUGCCCCGAACCCAACCUAGUUCGUGAGGGCCCGAUGAUGGUUCAGCGGGUUCUCAACAUCUUAGCUGAAAGCAAAAAUGUCUGGCCACUGGCCUCGCGCUGGUACGACCACCUGGAGAGGUUUUGUAGGGCCCAGAAAGGCAUCGUAGUUGGGGCAGAGGGCAGCAUGGCUGACAGCGCACAACCCAUCCCCAAUGCUCUCCACCCGGCUCCCACUCCUUCGGUCAUCAAGCCGAUCCAGCCGCGCAUCGUUCCGCCUUCUCCCGACACAAAGAACGGCAUCCUUUCGCAGCAUUCCAACACCCCAAUCCUACCUCUCCCGCAGCCAAACCCGACGCCGACACCAACGCCGACGCUCUACAACAUCGACCCCAACCUGCGGCGGUCAGCUCCCCAGGUACAGCAGCACGCGCAGGGUGGUAUCAUCUCACCACCACAGCAAGGCGUCGUGGGCCCAUCACAUGUGCAAACACAGCACCAGCAGCAGCAGAUCAUAAGUGGGAGGCCUGACGGCCUCGGUCUUCUGAUCGAGGCUUUUGACACGCACCAGACGGGCCUGCCAGACCCGCGUUACGAUCCUCAGACGGCGGCGCAGGAUUACUACCCACAGACGGGGCUGGCGGUCAACGACGGCUACGAGAACGAGCUUGGCUACUAUAUGUCGGACGGCGUGCCGGCAACGAUGCAGAACUGGGUAAGUGGCUCAGGCAUGUACGGAUAUUAG